AUGGGGCACCUUGGAGGCUUGUUUUUAUUGAUCGCGCCGUUUAUCUGUCUUCAUCUUUCGGGUGCUGCUGCUCACUUUCUAGCAGCCUGUAACCAGCAGCUGGAGUUUAAGUGCAGAGAUGGAUCGUGUUUGUCGAGGAUGAAGCUGUGCGAUGGCCACCUUGACUGUGCUGAUGGAUCAGAUGAACACCACUGUGGCCACAGCAGGUGUGGAAAAGAUGAGUUUGCCUGCCACAGCAGAGGCUGCAUACCAACAAAGCUCUUAUGCAAUGGAAUUGACGAUUGUGGUGAUGGGAGCGAUGAGGAUUCCUGUCACAACUGCAGUGGAGGGUCUUUCUCCUGUGGGCCGACAGACGUCUGCCUGCUUAGAGACAAACUCUGUGACGGCCUGAGGGACUGUAAAGAUGGACGAGAUGAAUCCCAGGUCCUGUGCGGUUCAGUCCAAGGCUCUCCUCAGAGGUCAUCGACUUGUGCAGCCUCAGAGUUUCAGUGUGGAGACGGAGAAUGCAUCCGGCAUGCAUGGAGGUGUGACCACUCCCCCGACUGCUCUGACGGCAGCGAUGAGGAAAACUGUGAUAUUAGUGAUCAGAAUGAGUGCCAGGUCAAUAACGGCGGCUGCUCACAUCACUGUUUGGACCAGCCUAUUGGUUACCUCUGCCGUUGCCCUGACAACAUGAAGCUAGUUGAUGACAGCCGAUGUGAAGAAGUCGAUGUGUGCCUGGAAGGCGACGUGUGUGAUCAGCUGUGCGUUCAUAAAAACAGCAGCUUCACCUGUGAAUGUGAGGAAGGCUACCACACCGACCCACUGACCGGAGAGUGCAAGGCCAACGGAAACGAAGCUCAGCUGGUUUUCAGCUCUUCAACUGGAAUUCAAGUGAAAAAUCUCACAAGCAAGAAAUAUAGGGUCCUGGUCCCUCCAUCACCAGGACCAGGUCCAAUAACAGCCCUGGCUUCUAACCACACUGUGUACUGGGCCCAGCAGGGACAGGGAUCCAUAUACAGGAUGUCAGUAGCUGGAACCCCAAAGGAAGCGGUGUUGGUGUUUAAAGUCGCAGGUUCAGUGUCGGGGCUCGCUGUGGACUGGAUCCACCAGCUGCUCUACUGGACGAGUGUGGAAGCAGGUUCGGUUAAUGUGGCUCUGCUGGAUGGUUCAUCGCAGCAUCAGCUCAUCACGGGGCUCAGCAGACCUUCAGCCGUGGCUGUGGAUCCUGUCCAAAGUUUUCUCUUCUGGGCUCAGUGUGGCAGUUCUGCUAAGAUUGAGCGGGCCAGCCUGGAUGGACGGGAUCGGAUGGCCUUAGUCACUUCCUUAUUACGCCAGCCUGUUGCCCUCUCUCUUGAUAUGCCUCGGCGGUUGCUGUACUGGUUUGACCAGGGAAUGAGGAGCAUUUCCAGAAUAAAUUUUGAAGGACAGCACCGUAAAACAGUGGUAGAGUCUAACGGCUACGUGGACCGGGUAUUUGGACUAGCCGUCUUUGAGGGAUUUUUGUAUUGGGGGGAUGAAGCUACGCACUCCAUCUGUCGUGCAAACAAGCACAAUGGCGAAAACCUCCAGGUGCUAAUGUCAAACAUCAGCUUAUCCCAUGGUUUGGUCGUUGUUCACUCUGUGCUUCAGCCAAAAGGAGCCGCUGCAUGUGGACGACCAGGAACGGUGUGCCAACAUGAGUGCCUUGUUGAUCUGAUGCCUGAGAGGCUGCAUUUCAGCUGCAACUCUAAACAAACAAGACCCAACAAACCUGAGAUUCCGUCCUUGUCUCGCUCAUCUCCUGCAUCAACUUUAUCUGAUCCCACCUUUGCUGGAAUCCUGUCCCUUAUCUUGUUCCUAAGUCUGCUCCUGGUGGGGAUGGCUUGGUGGUGGUGGAGAGACGAGUUUCAGCCCUCCAGGUCUCUCACGUUGCAGAGCAUCUCCCUCAAAGAGUCCCAGGACCCGCUCAUAACUCAGCAGCCACCUGUGGUCCCGAACACAACUUUAGACAAGGACAUCCUUCUUAGAGUGGAUUUGGACUCUGAGUGAAGGUCCAGCACAGACCAAGAGCUGACCAUGCACUGCCUGCUGUUUUCUAAUCCCAGCGGUGAACUCAGAGGAGACACACCCGGGCGAUUAAGUUGGGACGUUCCAACUUGGUCUGGGUGUGAACAUCACUGAAGUAAUGACGUGUAUGUCUGAGCUCAGGGAGUUGUGGUGGCCUUCCAUCAUAACUUUGUUCCCUCAGUUUGAUGGGUAAUACAUUUUAGUCCUAAUGGAUCUCUGCUGUUCAAGACUUUUAUAAGUCACUCCAACAGAAUUUUUGCACAAAUGAACUAAAGAACAUCAAAUAAUUAGCUAGGAAAGUUGAUUAAGUUUAGAGUUGCAGCCUCAAAGUCUGAUAAAUAGUAGAAAUAGGACCUGUUUAUACUCCUAAUGACAAUAUUAACCGAGAGGCUGAAUGGUUGAACAGAUCAUUUGGUGUCAGAUUUUCUGUUUUAAUUGAAGAAGCUGGGAUGUCGAGUUUUUGUUGGAUUUUGCCUUUUUGUUUCAUAGGGUUGAAGAAUAAUAUAUUUAAGUGCAAUUUGACCUAUUAACGGAUUUAUAAAUCUAAACUAUUGAGUUAUUUGGGAGUAACUGAAUAAAACAGUUUAUAAAACUUAUUGGAAUCAACUCUGAAUGUAUUGCGUCUUACCCUGCUGCCUGGUGAGUAUUUAUGUUAUUUAUGAAUGCUUAUUAUUAUUAUUUCACUCUGAAGAGUGAAAAGUGAAAAAUCAAUCCAAACCAUCUCUAAUUUACUCUAAUUGGACUUUAUCACAUUCCUUUUUUCAGUUAUGUUUUUUAUGUUCAAAUUAAAAUAAGAAAGAAAAACAAAUAUAGCCUCAACUGAAAUAGAAAUGUUUCCACAAGAAAUUACCUAAAUUGUGUCUGAUUUGUGGUGAGUGAAAGCUAAGAGGAAAUAGUCCUACUUUAAAAUACAAGUUUCAGUUAAUGUUUAUAAUGCUUGUGUUAAAACUUUACUAUCAGGAAAUGAAAAUAUGGCUUUGGUAUAACACCCUGACAGUUGGUCUACAAAUUAUUUACGUCCAGUGCCUUGUUAAAUAAUUUAUACCAUUUGAAACUUUUCAUGCCUUUUUUUUUCCAUUUUAAUGUGAAACGGUAAGGAAACCGUUUUUUUUUUUUUCCCAAAUAAAUCUGUAAUUUAUUUUUCACCUGUUGCUUGUUCUUAGGUUUCCAUUUUAAACUUUUAGCUUUGCCACAAAUUCCCUUUAGAGUUAAGAUUUGGACUUUGACUCGACCAUUCUCACGGAAAUUUGCUUCAACAUAAAACAUUCCAGUCUUAAAUCCUCUGAACUCUGUUACUGGUAUUUUAAUUUUCCUAUAAACUCCAUCUAUCAUCCCAUAAACCUCAUUUACUCAUUAGAAUUUUUUUUUCUUUUAUGACAUCUUGAAGUAUCAGAGUAAGUGGAUGGAUCACUGGUAAGAAAUUUAUAAAUUUGGGGGAAUAUUCAUCAUUUUCCUUUUCAUUAUUAUUUUUUUCUGUCUGAAAAAUUACAAUGAAAUUCAAGCAUGUUUCUGAUAACGUCUAAAGCCAUUUAGCACGUUGGAUCAUUUUGCAAUCAACUGUACAAUGUUUCCUAAUGUUUUGUCUCUGCUCUAAAUAUGUUCACCAGCGUUUCUUUAGGCUUGUUAAAGGAAAAAUGGGCUAAUAAGGUCGGCAGCACUCUCUGUUUAUGUAUUUAAUGUAAGUAAAUUAGGUUUCUUUGUUUGUUUUCUGACCUCUUGUCCGGGAAUAGGAACAAAUGUAGAUAUCAACAUCUCCAUGUCUGAAUACCUGAAAUAGUUUUUUUUUUUUUUUUUGUUAUUACUAUUAGAUAAAUGUGUCUUUAGGACAGAUGGUGAUACUGUACACGUGCUGCUGCGUUGCUCAGUCAGUAUUUAUGUAUAAGGAGGGUUUUAUUUGCCGUGGACAUGAUAACAUGCUGUAAAAGUUAUAUGUACUUAGUGCAACACUGUGGAUGCUAUAAAAAAACAAUAAACA